AUGUUUGAUCUUUACGAGAUGAUCGAUGAGAUGUUUAAUGAGAUCGCACCAUCCGCAAUUAGGCCAGCCCAGGCCGCCAGACACAAAUCUGGGAGCUUAGAUCAAGAAAUCCGCGAAUUGAAAACUGCCUAUCUGAGCAUGCGCAAAAUGGCGGCUGAUUACGACAAGAUGGAGAUUGCCUUCAAUGAGGCACUCGACCUGGAGGAUAGCGGUUACGCCACUGACGUGACGGGGCCAUGCCCAGAUGCUGCAGAAUGGUUAAAUACCAACUAUGAAGAACACGAGGGUAUCAGCCUUCCCCGUAGCGUCAUGUACAGUCACUACAUCGACCACUGCCACGACAACGAGACGGAGCCCAUGAACCAGGCGAGCUUCGGCAAGAUCAUCCGGACGGUCUUCCCCAACAUUAAGACUCGGAGGUUGGGCAAUAGAGGGCAAUCAAAAUACCACUACUAUGGUAUAAAGAUCAAAGAGAAUUCUCCCUACAGGGAAGUCAUGGUGAACGCCCAGCGAGUCAACACCCUGUGUGCUAGUCCGAAGACAGCCUUCAGCAAGUCAUUGUGUCCUGACGGCUCCCUUACCCCGUCCACUCCAUCUGCAUCACAGACCAGCCUAACCCUACCAGAAUUCCCCAACAUCAAUGACCUGAGGUUGCCCGCGCAGAUAAAAGAUACGACGGGCGUGUUCCUUAUGAUGUACCGCCAUCACUCGCAGCGAAUCAUAGAUACCGUCCUCCGAGCUAACUUCGCUGAGGUGAAGGGUUUUAUCACUCACUUCUGGACGACCCUGCCGUCCCACGUGUCGAGUGUGCUCUACCACGAUAAGGUCAUCAAGGUCAUUCGCCUCUGUGACACCAUCCUCUAUUCGUCCAUCAUCAACGUGCUGAUUCCAGGCAUCAUACAGCCACUCCCUGCCAGUCUUCUCCAAGCAAUCCGAGCCUUCUCCAGAAACUACCUCAAGUGGUUAGAAGACGCCCUCUCACAGCAACCAGUCGAACUACAGAAGCAAAAGAUGCAAGCUGCCCGAACGUUCACCGCCAGUCUUACUCGACAGACAGAGGUGUCGCACAUGGCCUCAGUAGCGCGAUCCGUCCUCCAUAACUCCGAUUCCAUCCGGAGGCUGCAGCAGGACUGGAAGAAGUUGGACAAGGAAAGCAUUGUCAAGCAGUGUAGCUGGCUACUUAUGGAGGACGAAGACAAGGGAAUCAAGCUGAUUGGGAAAUAUUUGAACGACUUUGAGAUGAUGAUGGAACAACAAACGACGAUAGACCGAUAUAUUGAGUGGGUGCGAGGUUUAGUGGCGAGGUUUAUUGAGAAAGUAGGUCGUCAAGAAACACACUGCAUCACUUUAAUGGCGUAA